AUGAGUGGUAACGUAAAGAAAAAAUUUAAAGCUAAGGUUCCUAAAGAGAAAGGUGCUGAAAAAAAAGAGAUAGCCGAAGUACUAGCAAAAUAUGAAGAUUUUGACCAGAAAGCUUCAUUAGAAUAUUCAACUUUUAGUCAAUUUCCAAUGUCAAAAAAAACAUUAGAAGGUUUAGAAGAAGGAGGUUUUAUUAAUCCUACAGAUAUACAACGACAAAGUUUAGGAUAUUCUUUGACUGGAAAAGAUAUUGUUGGUGCAGCAAAAACUGGAAGUGGAAAAACAUUAGCAUUUAUUAUUCCUAUAUUAGAAUGUCUAUGGAAAAACAGAUGGUCAAAAACUGAUGGUUUAGGAGCUUUAAUAUUAACUCCAACUCGAGAGUUAGGAAUGCAAAUUUUCAAAGUUCUUAAUGCUGCUGGAAAAAAACAUGAUUUUUCGGUUGCUUUACUUAUUGGUGGUACUGACGUAAAUUAUGAAAAGAAGAGACUUGGGUCUAUGAAUAUUUUAAUUGCUACCCCAGGACGUUUAUUACAACAUAUGGAUGAAAAUAUUUACUUUCAGACAGAUCAAUUACAAGUUCUAGUAAUUGAUGAAGCUGAUAGAAUGAUGGAUCUUGGAUUUAAAAAUCAAAUGACUGCUAUUAUUGAAAAUAUUCCAAAAGACAGGCAAACGAUGCUUUUUAGUGCUACUCAAACUACUGAUACACAACAACUAAUUCAAUUUUCAUUAAAGGAUCCCGUUUAUGUACGUGUUCAUGAUAAUGCUAAAUUUGUGACUCCUGAUAAUUUGAUUCAAAAAUAUUGUAUGUACGAGGAGGAAGAAAAAUAUAACUUUCUUUGGUCUUUUAUUCAUAGUCAUCGAGAAAAAAAAAUUUUGGUAUUUGUUACUUGUUGUAAACAAGCACGUUUCUAUGUAGAAUCUCUUAAAAUCUUAAGAAUUGGUCUUCCUAUACUUGGAUUGUAUGGUACAAUGAAUCAAAACAAGAGAACUCAUGUUUUCCAAAAUUUUGAUCGUAUUAAUAAAGGAGCCGUUCUUAUUUGUACAGAUAUUGCAUCUCGUGGGUUAGAUUUUGCUAAUAUCGACUGGGUUCUUCAAUUAGAUUGUCCAUCUGAAAUUUCUGACUAUAUUCAUCGUGUCGGUAGGACAGCAAGAAAUGGAAAAAAAGGUGAAGCAUUACUUGUUUUAACAAAAAGUCAGGUCAAAAGUACUCUUGUUCAAUUAAAGGCUAGGAAUAUUCCUAUUUCUAAAAUGAUUUUUGAUCCAGAAAAAAUUAUUGAUAUGCGAAGAAAGCUUCAAGUGGCAAUAGUUCAAGAAAAAGAAUUAAAAGAUUUUGCUCAAAAAAGUUUUGUUUCAUACCUCAAAGCUAUCUAUUCAAUGAAGGAUAAAACUAUUUUUGAUGUUACCUCAAUUAAUUUCAAAGCACUAUCAGAAUCUUAUGGUCUUGUUACGCAACCAAGAGUAAGAUUUCUUGAUAAAAGAAUUGGAAAACAAAAUAAAGUUGGGAAUAGUGAAAGUGUUGGCUUUGAUGAAUUUGUCAAUAAUGAUAGUGACGAAGAUGGAGAUAUUUUCUCUGGAGUUAAAACGAAUAUUCAAAUUGAUGAUGCUGCUCCUGGAGAAUUGGAUGCACCAUCUACUAAAGUCAAAACUAAGGAUGUUAUGACAAAGAUAAGAGCUGCUAAACAAACUUUGAAAGCGGGUAUUUUACCAAAUAAACGAAUUGUUUUUGAUAGUGACGAUGAUGAGGGUCAUGUUGUUGUUCCACAAAGUGAUAAAAAUGAAAUUAGUACUUUCGAUAUUGAAGAAGCUAAACGAGAAAUGAAAGAGAUAAGUUCUCAGGAUCAAAAAGCUUAUAGAGAAAAAAGAAAAUUAAAGAAAUUGAAGAAAAAAGAAAAAGCAAGGAAAGCUGUUGGAGAUGCUGAAGUUGAUUUAGAUUUUGAAGGAAGCGAGAGCGAUGGAGGAUCUGUUGAUUUAUCUUGGCUUCCAGAUCCUGAUAAGAAGAAGAGAGUAAAUGAAUUUGGUGAAAUCGAAUAUGAAGAUGAGGAUGAGGAGAUUCCUAAUAAAAAACUAAAGUUGGCAAAAGUUAAGAAGAGAAAACUUGAGAGUGAUGAAGAAAAAGCUCUUGCUUUAUUGGGUUUAUAA